UCACUCAGACUCCAAACUGAGCGAACAUGAGCGCACUUGAUUUGACUUCCAUCCUCGAUUUCCUGGAAACAGCCAACUUGACGGAGAUCAACUGGACGUGCAACAACGGUGACUGCAUCACGGUUGAUGCGACAACAUGCCCUGGCACGCUCAACAAAAGUGCCCUGCUAUACACCCUGUCCUUCUUCUACAUUUUCAUCUUUGUCAUAGGGCUGGUGGCCAACUCGGUCGUGGUGUGGGUCAACCUCCAAGCCAAAAUGACUGGCUAUGAAACCCACCUCUACAUCUUUAAUUUGGCUAUUGCCGAUCUGUGCGUUGUCAUCACCCUUCCAGUGUGGGUCGUCUCCCUCAUCCAGCAUAACCAGUGGUACAUGGGAGAAAUCACGUGCAAGAUAACUCACCUGAUAUUUUCCAUCAACCUGUACAGCAGCAUCUUCUUCCUGGCUUGCAUGAGUGUGGACCGCUACCUCUCAGUUGCCUAUUUCACCAAUUCCAGCAAUCGCAAGAAGAAGAUAAUCCGUCGCUGCAUCUGCAUCUUAGUGUGGCUUCUUGCCUUCUCUGCAUCUCUCCCAGACACUUAUUAUCUCAAGACUGUCGCUUCCAACAACGAAACCUACUGCCGUCCCGUCUAUCCGGAGGAGAGCUUCAAAGAGUGGUUAAUUGGCAUGGAGCUCAUCUCCGUCGUGCUGGGCUUUCUGAUCCCUUUUCCCAUCAUUGCUCUCUUUUAUUUCCUCCUUGCGAAGACCAUCUCCGCCUCCAGUGACCAAGAGAGGAAGAGCAAUGGGAAGAUCAUUUUCUCCUACGUUGUCGUGUUUCUCGUCUGCUGGCUACCCUACCACGUAGCUGUCCUGCUUGACAUCUUCUAUAGUCUUCAUUUCAUACCUUUCAGUUGUCAGAUGGAGAACUUCUUAUAUGCCACUCUUCACAUCACUCAGUGUUUCUCUUUAGUCCAUUGCUGCGUCAACCCCGUCCUGUACAGCUUCAUUAACCGCAACUACAGAUACGAGCUCAUGAAAGCCUUUAUUUUCAAGUACUCUGCCAAAACUGGUCUCACUAAACUUAUCGAUGCUUCCAGAGUGUCGGAAGCAGAAUACUCUGCUCUGGAGCAAAAUGCCAAAUGA